AAUAAUAUCUUUGGAGUUUUACCAUUUAUAGCACCUGAAAUUUUAAAAGGUCAACCUUAUACUCAAGCUAGUGAUAUAUAUAGUUUUUCUAUAAUUAUGUGGGAAUUUACAUCUAAAAUUCUACCAUUUAAUGAUAAAGCACAUGAUCUUCAACUUGCUUUAAGUAUUUGUAAAGGUGAACGUCCUGAAAUUAUUGAAAAUACUCCACAAUGUUAUAUAGAUUUAAUGAAAAAAUGCUGGGAUGAAGAUCCAUUAAAAAGGCCAUCUUCUAAAGAAAUUUUAAAUAUUAUUAAAAAUUGGAUUUUCCGUCCUGAUGAUAAUAAUGAAAUUAAUGAAGAAUUAAAAAGCAAUAUUAUGGAAAUUAUAAAUGCACCAAUUGAGCAUAAUAAUCUUAUUGUAAAAUCUCAUCCAAAAGCAUGCUAUACAA